UUGAACAUGAGGGAUUAGGUGAGGAGAUGGAGGGAGACCGACUGCUGGGCCAUCACGUGGGAGGAAAGAAGAGGAAGAGAGAAACAGCCCACCAGGGCAAGGGCAAGCGUCCAUCCUCAAGCUCUGAGGAUCACUCCCAGCUUGAUCAGGUGGUGAUUGAGCUGGAGGACCAAGAUGAGGAAACCCCGGAGACGGGGAUGAUGGCGACUAGCUCCUUACCGCAAACCACGGUUCCAGAGAGCGACUUGGUUGGGUCGUCCCGGGGGCCCAUUUUGGAGCGACCUCCCUCUCCACCUAUGCUGACCUACGAGGUGGCAACCGAGGGUGGCUCGACGAAGCUUAGCAUCCCCCAUCCGUCUCCGAGCCUGGGGGAUGUCCAGCUUGAGACUUUGAUCACGCUUCCGGCCCAUGAUCGGGCUCGCAUCUCAGCUAGCUCUUACAGCGACCUGGCCAACAUGGUUCUACUGAAGCUCGGUCAGUUAUCCGUCUCGACUUUCUUUUCCUUUCCAUCCCCUUUCUUUUUCUGCCCCGUACCUUGUCAUAUAUUCUUGGUCCUUCACGUUUUGGUUCAGGCCUCGCUUGUGAUAAUCGAGCUUGCCGGCCGGGCGCAAGAUCAUCAAUAUGCUCCGGAUGAGAUGAAGGAGGCAGCCGAGCCUAAGCAGAAGGACUUGCAGGAUGAGGUCGCUCGCCUCGCGAGGGAGCUGACGGAAGAGAAGAAACGCAGCUCUAACCUCGCGAAGGAGUUGUCGGAUGAGAAGAGUCACUCUGCCCGAAUAGAGGAGGAGAAAACCUCACUCUCCUCCGAAGUGGGGUUCAUCUCUGCUCGGGUGGUCGAGCUGGAAGGGGAGAAGGUUGACUUGGUUCAACAGCUGGAAGCUGAGAAGGGCGACCCGGCUCGUCGCUUGGAGGAGGGAAUCGAGGCCUUCAAGACUUCCCCAAGUUCACUACGGUCGCUAUGGGGCGGAUGGACAAACUAACCCUUAAGUGGAUCGAGACCGAGCCCGGGACCGACUGGAUGGUCGGGGAGGCGAAGAAGGCAUUUCGCUGCGGAUUCUUCUGGGCCCAGCAGGUCUUCCGUAGUUAGCUAGCUCUGCUCCCCAAAGGGACUUCUCUCCCUUACUUUGGCCUUCCUCCACCUUGCGACACGCUUGCCGAGUUCGAU